UUGGUCAUCUGUCCUUACAUGUCUCGGAAUGGCAGAUUCCACUCCUAGUCUGUACAUCAGAGAAUCAGACUGAAAACAGCCUCCAAGGCAGGAGGGGUGCAGUAGCUUGGAUCGAUUAAAAUGGCACUGAAUUUGGUGGAAGUUUGGGUGCAUGUUUUAUGUCUAGUUUCCAUAGUUACGGGGUCUAACAUUUGCACUUCCAGAGGAGUGAGUAACUGUAAAGAAUGUUUGCUGAUCCAUCCGACCUGUGCCUGGUGCUCUCAGGAGAUCUUUGGAAAGGCAGGCUCGAGUUUGUCCCGUUGUGAUCUCAGAGACAGUCUCAUUCAGUCUGGUUGUGGCGUGAAGUUUCUCGAGUUUCCAGUUAGCAGCAUGAAGAUAUUAGAGGACGUACCCCUGAGUUACAAGGCAGGGGGUUCAGACGACAUCACUCAGAUCCAACCACAAAAAAUACACCUGACCCUCAGGCCAGGCGAUUCAAAGAAAUUCACUGUCACUGUGAAACAAGUAGCUGAUUACCCAGUGGACCUGUACUACCUCAUGGACAUGACCAAUACCAUGAAGGAAGACCUGCAGAAGCUUUAUACGCUGGGCAACGAUCUGGUCAGUGCUUUACGGGGCGUCACCAGCAAUCUGCGAAUGGGAUUUGGAGCUUUUGUAGACAAACCGCUUUCACCUUACAUGUACAUUUACCCUCCGCAAGUCAUCCAGAAUCCUUGUUACAAGUUUCCUGAACCCUGCCCACCGCAGUUCGGCUAUCACAACGUACUGUCUCUGACAGAUCAGGUCCAGCGCUUCAGAGAGGAAGUGAAGAAGCAGAAAGUGUCCAAAAACAGAGAUGCCCCUGAGGGUGGAUUUGAUGCUAUCAUGCAAGCAGUAGUGUGCAAGGACAACAUUGGAUGGAGGCACGAUGCAUCUCAUUUACUGAUUUUCUCAAGUGAUGAUAGAAGUCAUUUGGCUUUGGAUGCCAGGCUGGCUGGAAUCGUCCAGCCCCAUGAUGGAGAGUGCCAUAUCAACCAAAACAAUGAAUAUGACAAGUCCACUGUACUGGACUAUCCUUCACUUGGUAUGAUCACGGACAAAUUGUCUGAGAAUAACAUCAACCUCAUCUUUGCUGUAACAAGUGGUGUGGUGGAACUAUAUCGUAACUACAGCGAGCUGAUCCCUGGCUCCGUGGUCGGGACGCUCUCUGAAGACUCUGGAAAUGUUGUGCAACUCAUCCUGGAUGCAUAUGCAAGGAUCAGGUCUAAGGUUGAGCUGGAGCUGCUGGGUGUGCCGGAUGAGUUAUCACUGUUCAUCAACGCAACAUGUCUGGGUGGAGAGGUCAUUGCUGGUGUCAGGUCCUGCGCUGGACUCAAAAUUGGGGAUAUGGUUUCGUUUAGCAUUGAGGCAAAACUUCACAGAUGCCCCAAAGAGAAGAGCCGGACCUUCAGGGUGAAGCCAAUAGGCUUUAAAGACAACCUUCAGGUGACUGUGGACUUUGCUUGUGAAUGUAGCUGCCAGCAGUCGUCUGUGCCCGCCAGCCCGUCCUGUCACCUUGGGAAUGGUACCUUGGAGUGCGGCGUGUGCCUGUGUGACCCGGGCCGACUGGGCUCUCGAUGCGAGUGCACCGAGGGGGACUAUAAUCCCACCCAACAAGACAGAUGCAGCCCUGCCCCAUCAGAGCCGGUUUGUAGUGGCCGCGGGGAAUGUGUGUGCGGACAGUGUGCCUGUCGCUCCAGUGAUUUUGGGAAGGUUUGGGGCCCUUACUGUGAAUGUGACGACUUCAGCUGCCUCCGUUCCAAAGGACAAAUAUGCUCAGGAAAUGGCGACUGCAACUGUGGCACCUGCCAGUGUAGCUCUGGGUGGUCCGGCGAGAUCUGUAACUGUUCGACCCAGACAGACAGCUGCAUGGGGAGUGGAGGGAUGCUGUGUAGUGGCCGGGGUCACUGUGGAUGUGGCGCCUGUGAGUGCACGCAGCCAGGAGCCUAUGGAUCUACUUGUGAGAAGUGUCCCACCUGCCCAGAUGCCUGCACCAUCAAAAAGGAGUGUGUGGAGUGUAAACAUUAUCAGAGAGGGGAUCUGAAAAACUGCAAUCACGUCUGCAGAGAUGAGAUUGUUCCGGUGGAUGAGCUGGUCUUUCAUGAGAAGAACUCGGUGAACUGCAGCUACAAGGAUGAGGACGACUGCAUUCAGAACUUCCAGUAUUACGAGGACGCCAGUGGAAAAUCCUUCCUCUAUGUUGUUAAAGAACCAGAGUGUCCUGAGGGUGCGGAUGUCUUGGUGGUCGUUCUUUCGAUUGUCGGUGCGGUCCUGCUUCUGGGAUUGGCUGCGCUCUUGGUGUGGAAGCUUCUGGUCACACUUCAUGACCAUCGAGAAUUUGCUAAGUUUGAGGAAGAGAAAGCGAGGGCUAAAUGGGAAGCGGCCAAUAAUCCGCUCUACAAAGGAGCCACCAGCACUUUCCAAAACGUAGCAUAUCGUGGCAGUUAAGGAUGACACCACUUCACUUCUUGGCCAAUCACAGCUGGGUUCAUCCAGGCAUGUGACAAUCUGGAACUGUGGUCACUAAUGCAGAAUGUACUGAAAUAUUAUUAGAUAACUACAACUCACUACUGUUCAAAAGUUUAAUUUCAUUUCUGAUUUUGUUGGGUUUUUUUUUUUUUUUUUUUUUUUUUUUAAAUGAACACUAAUACAGCGAUGAUGUGUUUAAACUCCUAGAAUGGUGCAGAAAUAUGUUUACAGUUCAAUUAAAGAGUCCUGUUUAAAACAAACAAAAAAAAAAGAGUUGGUUUCCACAAAAACUAUUUCUGAAGGAUCAGGUGACAGUAAUGAUGCAGAAAGGCAUACAUAUUCAAUUCAAAUUUUAAAAAGGUUUGUUUUUGUCGAUUCAUCCUCGCUAAGCAGAAGUAGUGAGUGUGAUCGCACCAAGUGCAACAUGUUUCUGAAUCAGCAUGCCAAUCAACCAAUCAGGUUUGAGGAAUUUUUUUUUUUCAACAGGAAAUGUUUAUCAGGGUUAGGUGCUUCUACGCCCUUGUAAGUCAGCUAUCAUUUCCCACUGAUUUUAGGAAUAAAUUCUGGGUAGGUUUAGGGGUAGGGAUUUGGAUGAAUUUAUAUUUUUGGACAGUAAUGUUGAUCCAGGAUCAUGUCUGUCUUGGCAAAAUCACAGCGACCAAGCAUACGUGACUACUUUCUGACCUAACACUUCUAAACAGCAGUGUAUCUUUUGAACAAUGAAACCUAUUUUUACCUGUUUCCAUUUUUAUAAUGUAAAUAUUGUAAUAAAAAAAGAAUAUACUUUAAGUUAAAAUUCCAAACAGGAUUAAAUGAAAUGUCAAUUUAUAACACAUUCAAUAAGAAUUUUUUUCCUGAUGUUGAAACUAUUAAUGUCAGUAAAUGUUUUGUUUUUUCUCUUCAUUGAGACUUCACAAUGCCAUUAUACUGUUGCACAACUGGUGUGAGCUAAAAUGUUGUUCUUACUGUACCUGUACAUUCCUUUUCCCUGCUGGUAUUAAUUUGCUUUAAAGUACUUUUAAACUUG